AUGUCCAGAAGCGGCCGCAGCUCCAACAAUGGGGACACACCCCCACGCCGUCUCUCCCCAGGAAACAUGAACGGCUUCUCCGUCCUAGACGCAUACUGGCACAUGAACCAGAACGCCGCCCGCAACAACGCAGCUUUCACCGGCAACGCCAACAACGGCGCAGGCUUCUCCGGGCCAACCUACGGCGGCGGUCCCAGUAUCAACGGUGGCUCAACUAACAUCCCCUUUCGCCCCUCCCCCAACGGCAUGAAUGGGAUCAACGGGAGCAGACAGCAGAACCCCCUGACUCCAAUGCGUCCUGCUCCUCGCAGCCCGCCGUUCACCCACGCCGGUAUUGGCCGCGGCUCUCCUGGGCCUAAUAUGAACGGCACAGGCUACGGUAGAGGUGGCCCCUCAAAUGGCGGCGGCGGAUUAGCAUUCAUGUCUGGUACCGCCGGUCGAGGUCCCCGCGCCAGCGAUGCGUACCGGAACAGUCCUGCUGCUCCAUUCGGUGUACCGGGCGGCUAUGGGCGGGGCGGCGGUGGUUCUCCUACCCAGAACGGUAUGACCAACGGAUAUACCAACGGCUAUACUAACGGCUAUCGCUCCGAUGACGAGAGCUCUAAUGGUAGUCCUACCCGUAGUCCCAACGGUCAAGGCCGUGGGCGUGGAGGCGGAUACGGUGGAGGAUAUGGUCCCUAUGGACCAUACGGCCGCGGUGGCGGUGGUGUUGGCGGCGGCCGGGGCGGUCCUUCCUACUAG